CCAACUCAUUGGCAAGCGAUACGAUCCGAGCGGUCGAUCGAUCGAUCAUAUCAGCUCAGACCAGAGGCAGAAGAAAGGAACGAAAAUGGUGAACUUCAUGUUGAUGAUUACUGCGGAGCUCGAUAAUCUCACCAAUCUUCAACCACAAGAUGGCUGCGAUGAUCCUAACUUCUCUUACUACUUCAAGUUGAAAUGCAAUAACUGUGGAGAACUUAGUAAGAAGGAAACGUGUGUGAGCUUGGAUGAAACUGUUCCUUCCCCCCAUGGCAGGGGUACCACUAAUCUGAUUCAGAAGUGCAAGUUUUGUGGGAGGGAAGGAACUGUGCAGAUGAUCCCUGGCCGUGGUCUCCCACUGACCUUUGAAGCUAGUCAAUCUGGAAAAUACACUCCGUUGAUGGUAUUUGAUUGCAGGGGCCUUGAGCCUGUGGGUUUUGUUUUUGGAGAUGGAUGGAAAGCGGAAUCUACUGAAGGGGCUAAAUUCAACGGGAUUGACUUGUCACAAGGGGAGUAUGCGGACUAUGAUGAGGAUGCACAGUUCCCAGUCAUGAUAUCCAACCUCCAGGCUAAUUUUGUUGUGGUGAAGUAGAUUGCAGCACUCUCAUAUAUGCAUCAAGGGACAUAGAAAGGAUGGCGGUGAAUUAAGCAGACUUCCUAGGAUGUAUUUGUUGUGAAUGUGAAGGCUAAGCUUUUUCUAACAUGCAGAAACAUUGUGAGCAUUUUAACAAAUUGAAAGUACAGUAUGUAUGUAAGCAUACUCUGUCUAGGAGGGGUUUGCUACAUGUUUGACAAGAGGUACUCUGACUGGCAAAUGACAGCCUUACAGCAGAUAAGGCAAUACAGAGCAUAGUUUAACCUUGUGUGAA